AUUCAUCAUCUCUCUUUCUAUAUCGAAAAUUUAUUUAAUUAUCUGCUUAAAGUGUUAAUAUCUGCAAGAAAAGAUGGGGCUACUCUCUCACAGAAAUAGAAUCAAAAGGAGCAGUCUCGAAGUAGGGGAUCACAUCUAUGCAUGGCGCAUCGCUUAUAUUUAUUCUCAUCAUGGCAUCUACAUUGGAGACGACACAGUCAUACAUUUCACAACACAUGGUGUGAUCUCCUCAAGUGUGGAUGAAUUCCUAAGCUUCUGGGAAGUGGGCCGCUCCAAACUGCGCCGCUACAAAUACUCCUCGAAAUGCUCCUCCGUCGUUUUAAAACCAAGAGGCACUUGUACCACCGCCGCCUCAGACGACGGCGCCACGGUGGUCCACCGGGCGAAGAAGCUCCUCGAGCAUGGGUUCGGGAGCUACGACUUGGGCAAGAGAAACUGCGAGAACUUUGCAGUUUACUGCAAGACGGGGCUGCGGGUUGCGAACGGUGGCAGCGGUGAGGACAUAGCAGGGCUGAGCGCACAGGUGGCGUCCUUCACCUGCAAGGCCGUCGUUGGCACCGCAGUUGGUGUGCCCCUUAUUCUCUUGGCCGCCAUUGCCGCCACUGCCGGCACCGAGGGUAUUGUGGUCAUAUCGGUGCUGGCGUCUUAUGCCGUUAUUUUCGGUGGGGUUGUGUAUUACUGUAUACGGCGAUGUGAUAAGGACAUUGGCAUGAGGGAUGAUGUGUAUGUUGCCUAUUAAUUGCUAUCUAGCUCCCCAUUGUUCCUUUUAUUUAUAUAUAUAUAUAUAUAUAUUCUGUUUGAUGUUUAUGCAUGGUUUGUAAUAUUUGUGUGCAUGUUUUCCUUAAUUUGUAAUAUGUAUUGUUUCGUAAUAUAUGUGACAUUUGUUUAAAUACAAUAAAAUAAAAAUAUAGUAUAUUUCAAGUUGCC